GCCCGACAUUUCCGUGAAUGCUACACCAUCCUCACUACUCUCAUUCGUUCUUGUCACCGAAACAGACACUCUUUUGAACAAACAUAAUGCUUAUUACUAAAACCCUUGCCGUUGUCAUAAUCGCCACCGCUGCGGAGGCGUGUGCCAAUUACCACCAGUGCCGUUGCACCAUGGAGGAUGGCUCAAUCAACAACACUGCUACAGGUGCAGCUCUGACAUAUCUGAACACAAAGGGCUUCAACAUUAUUUAUAACUAUCCUGCUACGCAAGAUAACGACGGCACGCUAUGGAUCAAGCGGUACUUCAAUGUUGUUAAUGGCGACUGGGUCCCUCUCAACAAUUGUAAAGUGCGCGAGGCCUGCACUAAGGUGGGCGCCACUGGAAACGACUCUUGGUGUGAGCACUAGUAUCCUUAGGUUAAGAGGGUUGGCUACGAGGGAGAGGGCGCUUUGCCGGGGCAAACAUAGGCAACCGCGGCAAGGGCAGGAAUGAGAACGAAACCGAGAGGAACAGAGAGCAACCGUCAAGCGAUUAGGUAACGGGCUCAAUCACACAAGCAUCGAGCUAAGUGUCGUUUCUCAAACCAAAAACUGCCAUCUUCAGGCUGCAGUAAAAUAGACAUUAGCGCAUUGUUUCAAUCUGGCUCUGCUGCGUGAACAAACAUCUGCAAACUAAGUUGAAUUACUGUAAUUUAUUAACUAUAUCAAGGCUGAGCUGUUGCCAUA